CUCACUCACUGCUCGCACACAUUUAAGGACAGUCUCAGAAAGAGCUUUACAAGAAGCACCAUAACACCGGAGACGGGCGCAUCAGAGUGUGGCUAGGAAUUAGGCAGAUUAUGAAUGCAACUGAUGAUUUGCUGCUUGCAACAAGGGACACUGCCAAGGAACUGAAAACUGGAAUCCACAUGCAUGUUGCAGAGAUAGCAUACGAGAAUCAAUUUGUGACAGAGACGCGAAAAGUUGACCAUGGAACGAUAACACACUUGGAGAAUAUACAGUUCCUCCAGAACAAUUUGCUAGCUGCCCACACAGUUUGGGUUAAUCCUUCUCAGAUUGAUUGUCUUUCAAGGGCGGGGUCAAAGUAUCUCAUUGCCCUGCCGCUGCGAUGCGAAUGCUUGGAUUUGCACCUAUUAGAGAGAUGCUGGAUGCUGGCAUCUGUGUCUCUUUGGGAACAGAUGGGGCACCCUCGAAUAACAGAAUGAGCAUAGUUGAUGAGAUGUACCUGGCUUCUCUGAUUAACAAAGGACGGGAAGUUCAUACAAAUGGAACUACUGAUCCUACUGCUCUUCCUGCUGAAACAGUUCUUGAGUUGGUGACUAUAAAUGGUGCAAAAUCAGUACU